AGAUCUCAGAAGUCUCAAACCACUUCACAGAGUCGCACACACACUAAAAUGGCGUUCCGCGUUUUCCUCCUCAUCUCUCUCACCGCACUUAUCAUCUUCUCCGCCGUUUCUCCUUCUUUCGCCGUUUCAUCCUCCAACGACGACGUUGACGAUGAGGAUCUCAGCUUCCUCGAAGAUCUCAAAGAAGACGACGAAGCUCCUCCCAGUCACGGCGAUGACUCAUUUACCGACGAAUUCGAAGGUGGUGGAGAAGACGAAGAAGAUCCUGAGAUGUACAACGAAGAUGAAGACGAAGAAGGAGAUUUCUCCGAUCUAGGAAAUCCAGAUUCCGAUCCGUUACCGACGCCGGAGAUCGAUGAGAAAGACGUUGUCGUGAUCAAGGAGCGUAACUUCACUGACGUGAUUGAGAAUAACCAAUACGUUUUGGUUGAGUUUUACGCGCCGUGGUGUGGUCAUUGUCAGUCUCUUGCUCCUGAGUAUGCUGCAGCUGCCACGGAGCUUAAGGACUCUGGUGUCGUUUUGGCUAAGAUCGAUGCCACGGAGGAGAAUGAGCUGACUCAGGAGCAUGGUGUUCAGGGCUUCCCUACUCUUCUUUUCUUCGUUGAUGGUGAGCACAAGCCUUACACUGGAGGCAGGACUAAAGAAACAAUUGUGACAUGGAUUAAGAAGAAGAUAGGUCCUGGUGUGUAUAAUCUAACUACAUUAGAUGAUGCUGAGAAAGUGUUGACUUCUGGGAACAAAGUCGUCUUGGGGUACUUGAACUCCUUGGUGGGUGUUGAGCAUGACCAACUUGCUGCUGCUUCUAAAGCUGAAGACGAUGUUAACUUCUAUCAAACAGUGAAUCCUGAUGUUGCCAAGAUGUUUCACAUCGAUUCCGAGUCUAAAAGGCCUGCUCUUGUACUCGUUAAGAGGGAAGAGGAGAAGAUUAGCCAUUUUGAUGGGGAAUUUGUUAAGUCUGCUCUAGUUAGUUUUGUGUCUGCCAAUAAGCUUCCUUUGGUGUCUGUUUUCACUAGAGAGACUGCACCGGAAAUUUUUGAGAGUGCAAUCAAGAAGCAGUUGCUGGUGUUUGUAACCAAAAAUGACUCUGAAAAGGUUCUUCCGGAAUUUCAAGAAGCAGCGAAAUCAUUCAAAGGAAAGCUCAUCUUUGUGUCUGUGGAUCUGGAUAAUGAGGAUUAUGGGAAACCAGUCGCUGAAUACUUCGGUGUGUCUGAAAAUGGUCCUAAACUUAUUGCCUACACAGGGAAUGAUGACCCUAAAAAACACUUUUUCGAUGGCGAGAUCAAGUCAGAUAAUAUUAAGACAUUUGGAGAGGAUUUCCUGAACGACAAGUUAAAGCCCUUCUAUAAGUCAGACCCCAUUCCUGAAAAGAAUGAUGGGGAUGUGAAAAUAGUGGUUGGAGAUAACUUUGAUGAAAUUGUUCUGGACGAUUCUAAAGAUGUUCUUCUCGAGGUCUAUGCACCAUGGUGUGGCCAUUGCCAAGCCCUUGAGCCAAUGUAUAACAAGCUUGCGAAACAUUUAAAGAGCAUUGAUUCUGUCGUCAUAGCCAAGAUGGAUGGAACAACCAACGAACAUCCCAAGGCAAAGGCUGAGGGGUUCCCUACAAUUCUCUUCUUCCCUGCAGGCAACAAGACUUCAGAGCCGAUAACGGUAGAUACAGACCGCACUGUGGUUGCAUUUUACAAGUUCUUAAGGAAACACGCAACGAUCCCGUUCAAACUGGAGAAACCUGCAUCAACAGAAUCUCCUAAAAGUGUCGAAUCCACACCAAAAGUAGAAACUACAGAGACGAAAGAAAAAUCCGAUAGCACAGCAAAGAGUAGCCAAAGUGACUCCAAGGACGAAUUGUGAUCCAAAAGCCAAGAAAAAGGGUAUACGUUAUAAUAUAUAUGUCUCUUAAGUUAUAUGUAUGAUCGGAAUUGUUUGAAGUUUGAACUAGAGAUAAAGUAAUUUUAGUUUUGGGGAAGACAUUUUCCACUCUUGAUUUGGUUUCACCUUUUCUAAAUGUAAAAAGGCCAAACUUUACUGUCCAGUGUCACACAAUGAAAUAAGUCAAAUCAGAUAAUAAA